AUGAGUUACAACCAAGGUCAAGGCUACGGUAGCUACAACCCCUACGGACAGUCGGGCAACCCGUAUGCCCAACAAGAUAGUUAUAGCGACAACCCUGGAUACAAUGGCCAGCAGGGUGAUAGACCACAGCCACAAGCACAAGGAAGUAGCUACUAUGGCGAUGAAGAGCAGCGAGCUGGCGGAUAUGAGAUGCGAAAUAUGAACGGAAACGAUCCCAACCGAAUCCUCAAUGAAUGUCGGGCUGUUGACCAAGCCAUCGAUGAGAUCGAGGCUGAUCUACAACGCCUCAAGGGCCUUCAAUCACGCUACCUGGCUGAUACGAACACGUCCGCUCAGUCGCCCCUGCGUAUCGAAGUGGAUAGAACUGGUGAAAAUAUCAUGACAAAGUACAGAGGCCUUGUGAGCCGGGUCAAGAACAUCAAGCAACAGCCCGAAUCGGGGAAUCCGCGCAACGCGCCACAAGUUGGAAAGGUGGAUCGUCGACUGAAGACUGCCAUCAACCAAUACCAACAAGUCGAGCGAGAAUUCCGGAAAUCGUCUCAAGAGCAGAUGGCCAGACAAUACCGCAUCGUCCGGCCAGACGCCUCGGAUGCGGAAGUGCGAGAAGCUGUAGAGGAUCCCAAUAAUCAACAAAUCUUCAGCUCUGCCUUGAUCCAGAGCGACCGUCGUGGCGAGGCCCAGACAGUGGCACGAAAUGUGUCUCAACGUCAUGAAGAUAUUCAGAAGAUCGAGCGACAAAUGAUCGAGCUUGCUCAGCUCUUCCAAGAUCUCGAAACCCUGGUCGUGCAACAAGAACCUGCCGUCACUCAGAUUGAGCAACGAGGAGAAGAAGUCACAGAACAUGUGGCCAAGGCCAACAACGAACUUGAUGGUGCAGUCAAGAAGGCCCGUGCUGCCCGGAGAAAGAAGUGGAUGUGCUUGGGUAUUGUUGUCCUCAUCAUUAUCAUUAUUAUCAUUGUGGUGGUGGUCGCUGUGGAAGUCACCAAGAACUAG